AGUACCGGACGGUGAGGCAUCCCUUCCAUUCGUGUUCGAAAGUGCAAAUAAGUUGUAAGCGGUGGCGUCUCUUUUUCGCGUCAGAAGCGAGCGUCUGAUAUUCGUCAAGACGGCCGUAUCUUGCUGCCCUAGCGAGUGGAAAUUAGAAAAGUCGAGAAGCAAUUAGCGCUGCCGGUAGAAUGAAGACCGAGAAAACCGAGAACGCCAAUGGCCAAGCAGAACAGCAACAGCAAGUGCCAGAAAACGGAUGUCCGAAUGGCACUUGUCUUUCAGAGGAAGCCGAGCUGAAGAAGAUGAACGGAAUCACGCGAAAUCCGGAGGCACUGGUCGAUGAGACCAAAAUGUCAUCUCCGGAGACACAGACGAACUCGAAGAAGACCUAUCCAUGUCCUCUACGUAAGAUAUCUUGGGGCGAGAACGCGGUUGCCAGCAUUGACGGUUCGGAUAUCGAAGUCCCGGGAACCCCGAGAACCCCCAGGACCUCUACCAUGCCAGGCCACGAGAAGUGCACAUUCCAUCACGAUAUGGAGUUGGACCAUAGGCCAUCUACACGAGAGGCUCUACUCCCACAGAUGUCACACAGUUACAAGCUCCUGCUGCAAGCCCUUGGCGAAAAUACAGAAAGACAAGGUCUGCUAAAGACGCCCGAGAGGGCCGCCAAAGCCAUGCUUUUCUUUACCAAAGGCUACGACCAGAGUCUUGAAGAUGUUAUUAACGAUGCAAUCUUCGACGAAGACCACGAUGAAAUGGUGGUUGUCAAAGACAUCGAAAUGUUUUCCAUGUGCGAGCAUCAUCUCGUACCAUUUUAUGGAAAGGUUUCCAUUGGUUACUUGCCUUGUAAGAAGAUUCUAGGACUAAGCAAAUUGGCGAGAAUUGUCGAAAUUUACAGUAGACGAGUGCAGGUACAGGAGCGUCUAACGAAGCAAAUUGCCGAGGCAGUGACUAAGGCUAUACAACCUGCAGGAGUAGCCGUUGUCGUCGAAGGAGUGCAUAUGUGCAUGGUGAUGCGUGGAGUUCAGAAAAUCAACAGUAAGACUAUCACUUCAACUAUGCUUGGCGUUUUUCGCGACGACCCCAAGACCCGUGAGGAAUUCCUCAAUCUUGUCCGAGCGAAGUAAGAUAGCGAGGCAGAUAGUGGAACAAGGAAAUAACAAAUGGAUGCCGGAAAAAUGAAAGAACAAGCGUCGUGGAUAUUCGAUGUGGAGGGAAUAAGGAGAAGGGAAUAUUGGAUGAAGAUGCCUUAAAAAAUAAAAAAACAAAUCGUCCCUUGGCUGCUGCUAAUCGACUUUAGACAAUACUGCAGAAUAUUUUUUGAGUCUGUCGGAAUAUGCAGUUUUCUUAUUUGUAAGAAUCGUUGAUAUUUCUU